CGGAAGAAUGUGUAAACAUAAUAUGCUUUUAAAUACUCCAACAUCCCUCCAUUUUCUUCAAAAACACAAAGAAUUAAUAUUCCUUACUGCAUGCAUCCAGCGAGCUUAGCUUCUUUCCCUUCUCAAAACUGGAUAUAACGCCACAUAACGAAUUGCAUUCAUGGCAAAAGGACAACAAUUAGAAGUGCUGAAUGCACUUGAUGUGGCAAAAACACAAUGGUAUCACUUCACGGCCAUUGUGAUUGCUGGUAUGGGUUUCUUUACAGAUGCAUACGACUUGUUUUGCAUCUCUUUAUUGACUAAGCUUCUUGGGCGUAUUUAUUAUGAUGUUCCCGGCUCUAAGAAGCCUGGUUCCUUGCCUAUUAAUGUAUCUGCUGCUGUGAGUGGUGUUGCCCUUUGUGGUACUCUUGCUGGUCAGCUUUUCUUUGGUUGGCUCGGAGAUAAAAUGGGUCGAAAGAAGGUUUAUGGUAUGACCUUGGUUAUGAUGGUGUUUUCUUCCUUAGCUUCUGGACUCUCUUUCGGGAGUAGUGCUAAGGCUGUCAUGACCACUCUCUGUUUCUUCCGCUUUUGGCUUGGAUUUGGUGUUGGUGGAGACUACCCUUUAUCCGCCACCAUCAUGUCUGAGUAUGCUAACAAGAAGACCCGUGGAAGUUUCAUUGCUGCUGUCUUUGCUAUGCAAGGCGUUGGUAUAUUGGCGGGUGGUAUUGUUUCCUUGCUUGUCUCUGCUGCAUUUGAAAGCAAAUUCAAGCCUCCUCCAUAUAAAGUCAAUGCUGUGGCUUCUCUUCCUCCGGAAUCAGAUUACAUUUGGCGUAUUGUCUUGAUGUUUGGAGCUAUCCCUGCCGGUAUGACAUACUACUGGCGUAUGCAAAUGCCUGAAACUGCAAGGUACACUGCCUUGGUUGCUAAGAAUGCUAAACAGGCUGCUGAAGACAUGUCUAAAGUUCUUAAGGUUGAAUUAGAGGCAGAGGAGGAUAAGAUUGAGCAAAUAGCAAAAAGUGAGAAGCACCAAUUCGGGCUAUUCACAGCUCAAUUUGCUCGUGAAUAUGGAAUUCGUCUGAUAGGAACAACCAGCACUUGGUUCUUACUUGACAUUGCGUUCUACAGUCAAAAUCUUUUCCAAAAAGAUCUCUUCUCCUCCAUUGGAUGGAUUCCACCAGCAGAGGACAUGAACGCAAUAAGAGAGGUGUAUAUGGUAGCCAGGGCUCAAACUCUUAUUGCUCUUUGUGGAACCGUCCCAGGAUAUUGGUUCACAGUGGCAUUCAUUGACAUAAUUGGACGAUGGUGGAUUCAAAUGAUGGGAUUCUUUUUCAUGACCGUCUUUAUGUUUGCCAUUGCCUUCCCAUACGACCAUUGGAAAAAGAGGGAAAAUCGUAUUGGGUUCAUUCUGAUGUAUGGACUCACAUUUUUCUUUGCAAACUUUGGCCCAAAUGCAACAACCUUUGUGGUACCUGCAGAGGUUUUCCCAGCAAGGCUAAGGUCGACAUGCCAUGGUAUAUCUGCAGCAGCUGGUAAAGCCGGAGCAAUUGUAGGAGCAUUCGGGUUUGUGUACGCAUCACAAGAGAAGGAUCCGGCAAAGAGAGACCAUGGAUAUCCAGCUGGAAUCGGUAAGAAGAAUUCACUAAUUGUGCUUGGUGUAAUCAAUUUCAUUGGAAUGGUCUGCACACUUUUCGUGCCUGAAUCGAAAGGCAAGUCCCUUGAAGAAUUAGCUGGUGAGGUUGAGGUUGAUGAUAAUGGGGAUGACCGCAGAGGUUCUGCUUAAUAACCAGCAUGCUAAAUUUUGGCCAUGUUGCCUGCUACUUCAAAAGAAAUUAUUUAUGCCCGGAAAUUUAUUAAAUUUGUUGUAUUAUUUGAUUUGGUUGAUUGCGUGGGGCGAUAUUAUUGAGUGUUCCUUAACCAUUUGUUGUAUUCAAUCAUCUUUGAAUUUGUUUGUGUUGUUGCUAUAUAUAGCUAAU